AUUCUACUUUCCUCUCGCAGUCCUCUCGUCCAUCUGCCCCAAAGAUACCCCUUCAACUCAACACUGAAGGAAACACUGCUUAUACAUCAUCUAUCCACGAAUUAAAAACAAAGAGGACAAAAUCACAUCCUCCCCGAGCGUCCCCCCCCCUAAAAAACCUGAGAACACAGCUCAUAGGCUGCUCGUAUGGAUAUUCUAGGGCUUGUUGAUCAGGCGCAGAUCAGAGCCCCCCAGGACCGACGCCGGUUUGAGUGUGGCUAUGAUCCCGUGUCGUGUCGGAAGGCGUUCGCGAGAAGAUCGGAUCUGAUCAGACACGAACGGAUCCACAAUAACGAAAGACCGUUCCAAUGUCAACAGUGUGGAAAGGCGUUCAUCCAACGCAGCGCAUUGACCGUCCACUUCCGGGUCCACACGGGUGAGCGCCCGCAUGUGUGUCAAACAGAUGGAUGUCAGAAGGCCUUCUCCGAUUCGUCCUCAUUGGCGCGACACAAACGAGUCCACACGGGCAACCGACCGUACCGAUGUACGAUCGAAGGAUGCUCCAAGAGUUUUUGUCGUAGGACUACUUUGACUAAGCAUGUCCAACGGAACCACGUCGGCCUCAGUAGUGGGAAUCAGUCGUCAACUGGACACCCACCGACGACGACGGUUAUACAUGGCGGCCGAGGCGAGGAUAGCUCGCCGGUGGACGGCUGUGGCGGUGGGGCCCAGAUGGCCGGCGUGCGGCUGUCAGCUGGAAGCGAGUCUCCCUGCUCGGUGGGAUUCAUCGACACCCCUGGUGCAGACCAAUAUACCCCGCCGACGUCCAUCCUCGAGCCUGUCUGGCUAUACAGUCUCCUCGAAUCGCCCGAUCAUCCAGCUGCGAGUCCCAAUCACGAUCCCGCCAGGAUCUGUCAGCCCAGAUUCAACCGCGUCGAAUAUGGCUACAAGCAGCCGACCAACUCCAAGACGCCCGAUAGUGACUCGUUUAUAACCGAGUUAAGCCAGCUCUAUGAUCGAUCCUUGGCCGGUCCCGUAGUGGGCCCCUUGAUCCACGCGUCGUCUCAGAGUGAUCACUCCGGUGGAGCUUGCGCUCAGGACGCUCGCUCUCAUGGGUGCACGAAUCAGAUGGGAGAGACGGAUCUGAUCUGGGGCUUCAUUCCGAAUGUGGGACAGUCUCAGCGGAAGGACGGUCCACCGGAGCACGCGAUCUUCGAGCGAGGAGGGCAGGAAGGACCUGGUCGGCACGAGAAUGGCGAUGUUCCAGACAUCCAUGACCCCCGACAGAUCUUCGCCUCUCUCUCUCGAUACUCGUGGCCGAGCUACGAGCUGCACAGUCCUGCUCAUGAGCCCGGCUCGCUGCUGGACCCAGAAACUCGUUCGAACCCUCCUCUGGUCGGCGCUCCCCUGUCUCGUGAUCCACUAUCACAUCUGCCUCUCAAUCUCUAUUAAACCGGAGAAAUACUUCCUCGCUGACUAUCCGUAGAUCUUUUUUAGUCUUCUUCUUGGGGUAACAUUUUUUUUGUUUGUUUGUUUGUGAUUCUGUCUUCACUUGUUCCCUUUAUUUAUGGUGCAGAUCGUCUUCAAAACAAGGUCAAUUGAA